AUGGGCACCAACUACACCAUGCCGGCCGACUCCCUUGUCGACAGUAACUAUGAUUUCAUGUUUAUGAAUGGAGAAAACUCUCACGCAUACAAGGCACGCCUUCCUUGGGUUAUUGCUGCCACUAGAAACUGGCGGAUGAUCGCCCGUGACCUGGUCGCCCUCGACCUCGACCCACUCGAUCCUGUCCAGAACGAUAUCAGAGAUAGGCUUCGCCUGCUUCUCCGAUACUGCCUGGGAGCAUCCUACACCUUUCGGAGAAGAUUCAGAGCCCACCCGAAGUUCCAAAACCCGGAGGGGAUGGCGGCCUUGACGCCCCUUCUCAGGGAGUCCCUUGGGCUUAUGGUCGAUCUAUAUCGCCUCGGGGAGAACUACCUCCAACCCAUCCCGCUACAAGGGCCAGGAGGCGACAAAUGGUUGAUUCCGAACAACCAGCCGUUGGAGCUUCUUGUCAAUGCCACCAUCCUGAAGCUAGGACCAGGUGCCAACCUGGAUGACAUCAAGGCGAGGAUGCUACAGUCCAGCAUAGUCGGACUCCACCGGACAGGCGCAAAGAUGCCGCUUGUCGGCUUACCCAGAGUCAUCUUCAUCUGCGCGGAGCAUCGCCACUCAGCCUGCUCUGCAGACGUCUUCGGAAAGCUAGGCAACAUGCAGGACGCCUUCGACGUUCGGAGGACUGCCCGCUUCGGCGACGUCAAUGACAUGCAGGUUUGGCAGCGGCAUGGCGCCCACGGCUCCCUGUGUCAGGACGUCGCGGACCGCUUUGAUUUCGUUACCAAUUGGUACAACGUCCAGUCGGGUAAAACCUACAUGGGCCGGGCGAAAGAGUCGCAGCUCAGCAAUGAUGAAUACACUGAGCUUUGCAGAAACAUGUAUGACGCGGUCGGCGCGCCUAGCGACGAGGGGAAACCUGGGGGCACACCACUGCCGCUGAAGACUGGCUACAACCACAGGCAGGAGUUGGGGCGGUCUUUCUACGCCGCCUCCGAUGGCAGUCGUGUCAUGUUCCAGGAGAUGUCACGAUGCUGGAAAUGUCGCUUUGUCUUUCAUUACCGCAUGUACCCCGGCGCCGGGGAGCAGCAAACUGGCCCCAAUGCGAUGGUCCCGGAGGAUCCGCGGCAGACCGCGUUCAAGGCCAAUGAGAGCACGACAAAGUUCAAGUGCGCCGAAGAUCUGGCGCAUUGGCUUUGCGUCGCUGCGAGUGGCGGCAACUGUGGGAGACAAGGCCAGGACGGCGAACAGUUCAACUUCCCUCCCUUUUGA